AUGGGGAAAGCACAGAAGAAAAAAGCAAUGCGUCGGCAUAAUCCUAUGCGAGUGCCAGACUCACAUAUCCCCAAAGGCCUCGAAUCAGCUGCAAGUUCGACUCGGAAGGACAAGGUCGAAGCGGUAUUGCCUAUUAUUCAGAAGAUGAAUAGUGAAGACGUGGCCGAGCGUACAUGGGCAUGUGCAGCUGUAUCAAAUUUGAUUCAAAACGACCCAGCGACGAGGAGGUUGUUACAAGGGAAGAACGUUGUCGGUACUCUAAUCACCCGGCUGUCUGACCCAUCAGAAGAGGUCGCAGCUGAAGCUACUGGGGCACUCAGGAACCUAUGCAUUGACGGAGGUUUCGACAUUUGCGCCGAAAUGUUUAAUAAAGGGAUAAUGGGGCCUUUGACCGAGUUUAUCCCCAAGUUGUCCACCACCCUCCAAAAUGUAUUGAGCAACCCCAAGUCGGCGCCCGAGAAGGUCCAAGAACUAGUUUACGAGUUUGCUGAAAAUAUAAUUACCAUCUUAUGGUGCUUAUCGGAAACCUCUAAUAAAGCGCUAAAUGCUAUCAAUUCAAUUUCGCUUAUUCCAUUCCUCAUGUCCUUUUUGAUUAACCGUGCGAAGCUACCAAGGCAGGUCGUUCAUGCGUCUGUCCAGUGCCUCUACGUUCUCUCAGAGGAUAAUCCACCCGCAAUUCAAACUAUUCGUUCUGAAUCAGAGUACAUUGCUUGUCUCGUUGCAAUCUCGACCGCUCCGCAGGGGCCGAACGACGAUGAAUGGGACAUAGGAAUUCGAGUUUUAGCCUGCGGUUCAUUGAGGAAUGUUUCGCCAUUACCCGCGGCACUCAACGCUUCGUCUAUCGACAUUGACCGUUCCAUCGCAUUACCAUUAAUUACACCCCUCCUGUCCUACUCUCUUGACGGGGCUGUCGAAGAGGUUAAGAAUACUCUGGCAAAUCCUCCCGCCCCAGCACCUCAAAACAACUCACUCAAAUUCGCCAAACUUCCCAAGUCGGAUGAUAAAUCUCCUGCAGAAAUAUUACUGGAGCGCAUAGAGCGGAGAUUGAGAGUGUUGCAACUUUCGCUGGAGAUUUUAACUGGCGUGUGUGCUCAGUUACCUGAUCCCGAACCUGUACCUGAGGAGCUGGAAGAUGAGGACGAGGAUGCAGAUAUGGACCGGGAAGAAGGACUGGAGGACGAAAUUAUCCAGAGCGAUGCAGAUGAUGCACCUAUGGACGAAGAACCACCCUCCUUCCUGGCGUCCCCCGAAGCAGACCAAAAUAGUAUCAAACUGCUCACCACUCUCACACCACUACUCUUGUCACUAAGCACGCCCACAUCCAUGUCUUUCCCUCCCUCCUCUGCCACAGCUACUAUAACCACCGAGCCCACCCACCUACCAACAACCUCGGCGCUCACAUCUGUGCACAUCUCCGCUCUUGAAUGCCUCUCCAAUCUGUUGUUAUCUUUCCCUACAUCCGAUACAGGCCCCGUUAAUCCUGCGACAGCAGAAGUAGCAGUCGCUGCAUGGCCUCGGGCAUGGACUACUCUGACCGCCUCGAUCAAUGCACCCUCGACAACAGAUCGAAGAAUGGAGUUAUCGGUCGCAGCGCUUGGCGUUCUUUGGGGACUUGCACGGCUCGCAAGGGGGGUUUUGGCCCCUCAAAAAGAGCAAGUGGAGCUAUUAAUCCAAGUGGCGGACUCGACCCAGGCAGACGAACAAGUGCAGGUCAAGUGCGUCGGGAUUUUGGGUAGUUUGGCUCAAAAUACGGGGGAGAUCGAAAUGAACAAGGCCAUUGCACAGUACCUCCUAUCCUACAUCCAUCCAACCCCGCGCUCAGCCGAACCCACUCUUCACGCACUCUCACUCCUGAUCGACAUCUAUGCAGACGAAGCCAACACCUACGACGUCAACUUUAGAAGCCUCAAGGGCACGGAAGUACUAGCGUCCUCUAUAACGCCACUCCGUAAACUCGUACGAAGCAUCGACAGGAGAAAGGAAGGUGGAACAGAACUCAGGAGGUGGGCGGAGGAGGUAGAAGGCAACGUCCGAGGAUUCGUGACCUACCGACGCAAACUGAAGAUAUAA